AGGAUUUAAAUAUGUCAGAUGAAGAAUUCGACAUUCUAGAUGAUGAAAAUAGUCAUGUGGCUGCAUCCCAACACGUGGAAGAUGAUGAUCCUGAUGAUCGCCACAAUUCCGGAAAUCGACGAAAUUUCUCGAUGGCAAUGACUCAGAAGCUGUUCGGAAAUCUGGAUGGAGCCGGCGCCGAGAAUCACGUUUCCUAUGCUGAAAAUGCGUACGUCACGCCGAGAAAUCGCUUCGAAGAGAUUUUAAAAGAGGAAAAUGUGAGAAUUGUGAACGAUCAGGACGAGGGAAUGAUGGAUAUGGAGAUGGGAAGCUAUGAGAAAUGUGUCGUUUUUGGAAAUAAUUUAAAUAGCGAGGAUCUCUGUCGAAAUUUGGAAAAACGAAUGGAAAAUGAUAGAGGAGAGACGUUUGCGGAAUUUCUGUUGGCUUGUGGAAGUGAUCAAGACAUGUUGGCUCUUUUUCUGAGCCCUGCAAAAUCACUAUUCGGCCUGCAGGACACAAUUUUCCGGGCUUUUCUUCAAAUCAAAGCGACGCAAACCAAGGCCUUUGAUUUUUUGCUUCAAAAACUGAAUAUUCUAGCAAAACGGCAGGAUGAGAGAGAUUUGCUGCUGGCGCAGACUUGUGUGGCCCAUAUGCGCCACUUAAGCCGGCUCUUCGAACCACAAGCCGUGUUCAACACGAUUUUCGAGUUUCAAUGGAGAUUCUGGAGCCCCAACGUCAGAAAUGAUCUGAUCGCCGCGCUUCCAGAGAUCUUCACCGAUAUCUCUCUGCAACAAUCCACCGCUGUCCGGCUUCACAAGGAAUGCUCAGAGACACAAGGUGUACCCGGUCUUCCAUCGUUUCAGCUGCAAAUUAUAGAAACUCUACGGCUUCUGCGCAUGGAUCCCGGCACCGCCAGGAAGAUUCGAAUGGAUCUUUGCAAUUUGUGCAUGGAUUUGGAUCCGGCGUGUCUUCCAUCCCUCGUCGCGUUCUCUCUGGGAAGCUUGUUAGUUUUUCAAGGCAAGGCCGACGAUGAAGAAGCUCAUUUUCAUGAGAUGCUCCGUCAGCUCGCUCGUCUUCUGAAAAUCGAUGGUCUCAAGAAGAAAACCAGCAAACCAUCUUCUGAUUCGCUAAUCGUCGAGGUUUUCGGUCAUUUUCUAAAAUUCUUCCGACUCAACGAUAAACGCGCCUGGAAGCACAUAACCACGUGGAUUUCCAAAAGUAAGAAGCCUGUGGUGGCGACUAAACCGGAAGAGGAUAUGGAUUCAGAAGAGACCCCGUCGCCACCGGAGGAAGAAUCUGCCACGUGGCUUACCACAUUCGAGGCUUUUCUCUAUUUCUCGUUGCUCUCCAACACGGAAUCGUGUCCGCCGACGUUCGUAGCGGCGGUUAAUUCGAAAAUCCUGAACAUUCCGGCCGCAUUCACCACGAAAUUUCUUCGAAUCAUCGAUCUUGUCAUUUCAUGCAAGAAAUUCGCCACGUGUCACUUGCCGGCUCUAAUCCACGUGGCACGGCACUGCUUCUGGUCGUCGGAUGGAAAUGUUCGACAGAUGGGUGUUUCAAUGUGGAAACAAUUGUUUGUUGGAAUGGAGAAACGGGAUAGAGAGAAAGUCUUCACCGAACUUAUGAAGCACUUUUCCCAAAGUGAAACCGAAUGUGAAGCCGUCCUCGAUGUAUUCUUUAAAGUUAUUAAAUCAACGAAUUCCAGUGUAAUUCAGGAAUUUUCAACGCAAAUUCAGAAAUGCAUCGAGCUGAUUCACAAACUAUCAAUUCCGAACAUCAAGCGACUCUUCCAAGUGAUGCUCAUGAUGCCUUCAAAAUCCACGGAAAAAGAAGCGACACGCUUUGAAAUCGACGAGAUAAUCAGCCGAUUCUUGUUAUCUGUCAGUGAUCGAGAGAAAUUUCUGGGUCUUCUAGCGCUUUUGAUGAAAAUUCAAGUGGAAAUGGGAAAAAAGCACUCGGAGAAUCAGGAGCAUCUUGUUCGUGAGGGGAUUUCUCGUUGUGAAGAAGCAGUUAAAUCAUCGUCUGCUCUUCGUGGAGCAUUUUAUGAGCACAUGAGAAUUGUCCUUCAACAGCAUAAACGGACAGAGGAGAUUCGAUUCUUAUCCGAUUGGUCCACUGAUCUACUGAAAAGAUUUAAAAAUGACUUUUUCGAGUUGCCACCGAAUCCAGAAUCCAACACCGAUCCCGAUUCUCAAUCCACGUGGAAUCUCAAGCUGAACUCGGCGAGGUUGCUGGAAAUCGCGCCAAUGUUUGAGCUAAUUAAAGAGAUACAAGUGUUGAAAAUGCGUUGGAGAGAAGAGGAUCAGGAUUCGUUGACGUCGAGUUAUGAUAUAAGUGUCAUUAAGAACUUGAGCUUCGCGUUUGAAGCAGUUCUCCCAAAAGAUGAAAAUCUCCCCCUCAAUCGCCAGGAAAAACUCGCCCAAUUAUUCUUCAACGUCCAAUGGACCCGAACAGUUCUCAACGGUUUCCUAUCGCAGAGCUCUGUCGAUUUUCUGUCUUCUGACGAUGUUUCGACGCUUUCAAUCAAAAACUUUUACGUGAUGAUGGAUGCAGAGAAGAAGCUCGCCGCUUCUCUUGUAGACCUCGCCACGUGGAAUGUACCGAAUUUGAAUUUCGGAAGAAGCGGGAAACGAGAUGUCAUUGUGAUUAGUUCGGAGAAGACGAAAUCGAAGAAAGGGAGGAAGAGAAAAAGUGAUGAGACUACUGUAAUUGGAGGAGAUGGACAGACAAAUAGUGCAGAUGUUACUGUAAAUGAUGAUGAUAGAGAAGAGAAUUUGGAGGCAGAAGUUGUUAAAGAGGCUCCAAGCGUCCUCCUACAACUAAAAUCCCACUACAUUCCACUGAAACUCCGUCCAAUUGUGCAUCUAAUGAAGCUCGCCAACAAAAAACGAUCAGCUCUAAAAUAUCUCUGCGAUGAACUUCAAUCUGUCAUCGAUACACUUAUUAAACAAAAAAAAAAGACACCACCAAUGUUGUUAGCUGCUCGUCGUGCUGCUGCUCCAACAACUCCAAAUUCGUCGAAAUUUUAUCACGGAGAUUCAGUGACAAUUUGGUUUUGUGUCAAAAAGGCUGUCGAGCAAGUUUGGGGAAUUGUCGAGCUCGUUUUUGGCGUUUUUGCCGAGCAAUCUGAUGCAAGUCAGGAGUUGAAAUCUAGAGUUCAGAAGGAUAUGGAUGAUUUGGGAGAGAAGAGUUUGAACUUGAUUCAUUCGAUUUUGAGCGGUGAACUCUAUGGUGGUGAGGAGAAGCUUUCCCCGGCAGAACGAGUAGAACGGAAAUCUGUGCUAAUUCGAAUAAUCGAGAAGAAAAUGCUCAGCUCUGAGCAUUUGUCCAAUGAUUCUGAAAAGGCUCGUGUGGAAAUUGGCAAAUUUCUUGCCAAAUCUGCAGAGUUCUCACCGACUCCUGCGGUUGCCGUGGCGAUUUUGGACGUUUUUGAAGAUUUGAAAUUGGAUGAGGAUGAUGAUGCGGAGACCAGGAAAAUUAUGGCAAAAUACGCGCUCGCCUAUCUCAAAAAAGAUUGGAGCAAAGUAGACGAGCUCUGGAGCAAAGGAACUCGCUACACAUGUGCAGUUCGUGACAUUCUUCACCAUUAUAUUCGUCUUCGAAAGGAAAAAGAUCAACUUUUGGCGAUUCAAUGGAUUCUGACAAAUAAAGUAGUUCAGCUGGUUCCAGAGGAUGAUAAACGGAAAUCCUGCGUAUUCUCACAACAAUCUGAUGAUGAUUUAUUGGAAAAAGAAGAUCGAAAAGCGACAUUUUAUUGUAUUAGUAAAACGACUUUUGGUGUCAUUUUUAAAACUUUAUUCGGAAAUUUGAAUUCUCGAUGCUUAAAGUAUGAUAUGUCGGCCAGUGCUGCCAAGAAUGGAGGUGUCGACAUCGAGGAUACUCUGGAAUCCUGGGAAACUGCUUCAUCAUGCUUUCUGAUCCUUUGCCUUCUCCUUAGAAUCAAUAAAAUCCGAACUACGGCGGUUUUGACGUCGGCUAUUAAAGAGGGAAAACAAUUUCUGAUUACUGUUUCUAAAAAGAGCUCAUUCAUAUUUUUAAUGGAUAAUAUUACGAAGGGAACCAAUUUCGAUACGAUUUGUAGAAGAGUUGAGAAGAUUUUAUCGGCUGUUCAACAGGGAAAUCGUGUCUUGCAGAGUAUUGGAACUUUUGCAAAGACGAACAAAUGCGUGCUUCUUCUCAAAAAAUUCCCGGAACUCCGUGCAGAAAGUGAGAAUUGCCUUCGAGUAAUUCAUUCGGCAAUGGUGAAAAAUGAAUGUUUGAAUGCAUUCACUGUUGGACUCGUCAAAAGUCGAAGUAUUGAUGGAGAUAUUAUUAUGGAUCAGCGUGCCAGUGAAAUUGACUCGGAUUCCGAAUGAAAUUUUAAAAUAUUUUAAUUUUUCGCGUUUUUAAACGGGUUUUCUCUGUAUUUUUAACUUUAUUUUAUUUUUUCCAAGUAAAUUUGUUGUUUUUC